AUGUCGUCUCCUACAGUACCGUCAACUUCAUCUUCAAAUCUGAAGCUCACACCACUGGGGUACAACCUUAUACAUUCCGAGACAUCAACUAGUGGAGGAAGCGUGACUACUCCUAACAGUGGCAACCCACCUAACCCCUUCACUGGAGGAAGUGAAGAUGGCAGUAUAACUGCUGGAAUAUCAACCACUAAUGUGAAUGCAGUGACCACUAAUACAUCUGCAAGUAUUAUUGCAAAUCCUGCUGUUCAAGCUGCAGUCAACGCCAAUGCGAUUGCAUUUGGCGAAAAGGCAAAACGUAGGAAGCAUAAAAAUUCAAAACUAGGAUGUCCAAAUUGUAAGAAGAGACGAGUUAAAUGUCUGGAGGAUUUACCGGCAUGUAUGAAUUGUCGGAAACAUAAAGUUAAAUGUGGAUAUUUGGACUAUACCGAAGAGCAACUAGAAGCUUUGCGAGAAAUGAAGGCUCAAAAUGAAUCGGAUGAUGACAUAGUAAUACCGACAUCAACCAAUACUACCAUCGCAGUGGCCGUACCAAAAUUAACCAAAAUUAAAGCUAAACCAAGAAGUAAUUCCAUGAUGUCCAGAACUCCAUUUUCAAACACCAGUUUAAAUACGACAACUACAACUUCCACCACAGUUCAAACAGAAGAAGAGUUUGAAGAAACUUUCGAUAUAAACAGUGAACAAUCAUAUCCAGCAGUUUCCUACCAGACAAUCACUCAAGAUUUUGAUAAUUUAUUAAGUGACGAAACUGUUGAUGAAUUACCAAUUAUCUACCCUGUAUAUUCCUUUAACGACUUAAGUCAAAAUCAUUCACAUCCCCAUAACAACAGCAACAACAGCAACAGCAAUAGCAACAACAGCAACAACAGUAACAACAACAACAACAACAACAAAAACUUCCAUAAUUUUGGCCGAGACCGAUCUCAAUCCCAUCCAUUGUCAUAUAAACCAAAAUCAAAACUUAGAAUUAAUGCAGCAUCCGUAUCCCAUGCCCCUCUCGUUACAGGUAAAGCGGGUGAUCCGCUCCCAGGGGCCAUCCAUUUGCAACAAACAUUCACUCAUAUCCAACGUCAAGAAGUCGAUUAUUGGAACUUGUUAGUCAAAAUGGUCACUGCCGCCGGUCCCGUCAUUCAAAAGGGAACUGCUUCAUUACAAGAUAUUCGUAUGAUUUACCGUACCUGGCUUAAUUCAUUCAUUUACAAAGGUUUCAAUUCUCAACUAAUGUUCAAUGUAUUAAUUAACUUAACCACAAAUUUCCUUAUUUCCAAUAGUUUUCAAGAAUUAUCACGGUAUUUAACUAAAUUAAACACCUAUGAAUCCGUAGCCCGGGCAGAAAAGUUAUCUAAUGAAAGAUCCAUUUGCAUUGUGAAAUCAUUCAAAUAUUAUGCAAAAGUUAUCAAGGAUUUACGUAUAUUGUUGAAUACCAAUGAAGAUCCUGAUUUAGUUGGCUCGGUAUCCUAUAUUCUUAGUCUAAUGUCAAUCUAUGAUCCUGAAGCAACUUUGAAUUCCAUGUGUUGUUUUAGAGACGGGUUGUUCAGUAUUUUAACAUAUAACUACAACUCCAUGAUUAAAAUCGGGAUCAUACCUACAUUGAUCCCAGUACAUUUGAAAUUGAUGACCAAUAUAGUAAGGUCAGUUUAUUUACCGAGCUAUGAUCCCACAUUUUUGACCGAGUUCCAACAAAUGUUGUCUCGAUUCGGGGAUAUUGUCAUGCCAUUACUUCGUCACGAUGACGACGACGACGAUGACGAAGACGAAGAUGAAGAGGACUCACCUACACGGACAUUACAUAUGUUCAUCCAGACCAAGUUCAAUGACUUGGUUGAAUUCACUAAGGAUACUAUAGCCACCUACAUUCCUAUGAUCAAUGGGCAUUUACGCAAUGUUGACUUACAACAAGAAAUCCUUUAUGACAUGUUGUACCGUUGGGUAAGAAUGUUCCCGGCUAAAUUAAUCACAGUAAGAAGAAAUUCCGAUCCAUUAGAAGCAGUUCUUUACUUGUUCUACAAAGUAUUUAAAAAGGCAUUAUAUGCCAUGUUUCCCCAAGUGAAGUUCUUUUUUUUACGUGAUUUCGACAGUCCAUUAAUGUUGGAUGUUUUCUCAGGAGACCACGAUCAAGACAUUUUUCUUCACAUGUUGAGUAACCCUAAUGUGAAUAGCUUGCCUAUUGAGCUAUACGAACCAAUAAUUGAAGAGUUGAAAGUGAUGUCAUCAUAUUUGAUUAGAAUGAUUACGUUUUUCCAAAUGAGAUUGAACUUAUUGUAUAGGUUUAUGGUGUAUGAAGAAGUUCCCAAGGAACGAUUCAAAAUUGAUAAUGUCAAACAAUGGAGAAAUACCAUUCAAGACAUAGCAUUCACCAGGUAUGAAUUCAAUCAAGUUAUUGGUCUAGAAGAAGUUCAAAUUAAAUCAUUCAUGGGCCAAUUGAUUCGUCGCGAGAACUAUCCACGGUUAGGGGCAAGCUCAGUGAGUAGUGUUAACAGUAGUGACUAUAUUGAUGUGGAUGUUGAUUUUAUGACAUUGCAAGAAUCGGGAUUGCUUGCUAAUGAUUAUAACAUCAUGACAUCGGUUUGA